AAUAAGCGUUUUUUCCACUUUUUGGACUUAGUUUAUUAAAUUUCUCUUCGCGUCAAUAGCAAUUUGUCGCGCAAAAAAUGGCAGAUUUAACGCUUAGUUUAUUCUUCCUCACUGCCAUAGGAGGACUAAUCUACUUAUACUUAUCAUGGAAUUUCGAUUUUUGGAAGAAAAGAGGUGUCAAAGGUCCAGAACCAAAAUUGAUUUUCGGAAGUAUUCCAAGUAUUGUAAAGCGUAACCGUAAUUUGGCAUUUGAUAUGCAAGAAUUAUAUGAAAAAUAUAAGAAAUCUGGUGAAAGAUUCAUUGGAAUAUUCAUGACAAGAAAUCCUCAAAUUUUGGUAAUUGAUCCAAGUUUGGCCCGUGAAAUUAUGAUCACCAAUUUCAAAUCUUUUCGUGAUAAUGAACCAUCUUUAUGGGUAAGGUUUUAUGCAAAUAAAAAGUUGGAAAAUGUUGCUCCAAUCAAUCCGUUUUUAACAGAAGGUUCGGAAUGGAAAAGACUCCGAAGUGAAUUCAUGGGAGGUUUAAGUCCUGCCAAGGUCAAACAAGCCCAUCCAAUUGUCACAGGAAUCUGUCACAAGCUCAUCAACUAUUUGAACGCUUCCAUACAAAAAUCAGGCAACAAAAUUGAAAUCAAACAGGUUUGCUACAAAUUUACAAUAGAAAUCGUUACCGAUUUUAUCUGGGGUGUUAAUGCUGAUGCUUUGAAAGUUGACGAUGCACCAAAUAAAAUGUUCAUCAUGGCUCGAACAAUGAUAGAAAAGUCUUUUCUUAAAAUUGGCUAUUAUUACAUUACCGGAUUGGUACCGUUUAUCCGAAAGAUUACAAAUAAACGAUUUUAUCCUGAAGAAACGGAUAAAUUCUUUGCAGGAGUUCAAAAAGAUGCUCUGGAGUUAAGACUUCGUAGUAAAAAUGAUCGUCCGGAUUAUUUAAAUUACUUGAUUCAAUUGCAAGAGAAGAAGAAUAUAAGUCUUGAGGAUAUGACUGGUCAUAGUUUGACAGUUUUGUUGGAUACUUUUGAGACGACAGGGUCUGUGAUAGCCCAUACAUUGUAUUAUUUGGCGAAUGAUCAAAACACACAAAAUAAGUUAAGAACUGAAAUCAUGGCGAAUUUAAAUGAGGAAGGUAAUAUGAGCUAUGAUGUCUUGACGGAACUUCCAUACUUGGAUCAGUGUAUAAUGGAAACUAUUCGCAUCAUCACUUAUAUUUCGGUUUCAUCACGAAUGUGCAGCGAAGAAACAUAUUUGGAAUGCAGACCUAACCACAAAGUUAAAAUUGAACCUGGAAUGAUUUUACACAUCCCGACAUAUUCAUUCCAUCAUGAUGCAGAAAUAUUCGCAAAUCCAAAUGAAUAUAUACCCGAACGUUUUGAUGAUGAUCGUGCAAAGGAACUUAAUCAGCAAGGAUAUUUUGUACCAUUUGGUGAUGGACCAAGGAUAUGUGGAGGAAUGAAAUUUGGACAAUUGGAAUCCAAAGCUGCUGUUGUUGAGGUUCUUAAAAACUUCCGUUUAAAGAGAGAAAAUAAUGGUGAAGAAUUAACUCUUAAUCCAACUUCAUUUAUCCUUGGCUUGUCUGGUGAUUUUAACGUAGAAUUUGAAUCUAUUCAAAAGUGAUGGGUCAAUAAUUGGCAUUGGACUUUUUUCUAUGAAUUGGAGUUUAUAGAAAAAAUAUUGAAAAAUGAUCUAGUCGUGUUUAUUAAUUUAUC